CUUCCAGUAGCACACACAGCCAGCUACGUGAGUAGGCAGCUGCUAUUAAUUACGCGCCGGCCUCUGCGCCAUUCUUGCGACACCAAAUUGCCGUCGACCAAGUCAGUUCGGAAACCGAAUCACCUUAUGGGUCGGUGGGACAACAUUCACCUGACCCUUGGGCUUUUCUUUUCCCACCGAGUCUGCCUGUCGUUGUUUUGCCAAUGUGGAGUACCAGCACCGACCCUCUCGCCAUGCUAAUAUACACAUGUACAUACUUUGUACAUACUACAUAGUAUACUAUAGUACAUACUGUGUAAUAGUAAGCCAGAGGAGCCGGCCAAUCACACAUUCCAUCACACGCAACCGAGAGACCCUAUAAGCUUAAAUUUAGCGAGCCCUUGGCGCCUCAUGACGUCGCCGUCGCGUGUUGGCCAUGCGCUGCCUGCCAUGUGUGUGGGCCACACUUCAUCCCUCAGUAUCGAACUUGUGUGCUCGUACCCCAAUAGCUACAUCAUACACCAUCGCCAUGAUCUUUCGAUCCGCACUCUCCACAAUCCCCUUAUCCGCAUCAAGACCUGCUGCCACCGCCACCCACGCGCGACGCGCCUUCUUGACCUCGUCAUCCGACGUCUCUGCGAGCCAGAACCGCGUCUUCGAUAGUAUCCGCCAGCCUAGCGACCUGCACACCCUCACCCUCCUAUCUGCCACGAGCAAUCGCCCCCUCAUCACCCUAUGGAGUGCGAGCUGGUGCUCCACCUGCAAGGCUGUCAAGCCGCUGGUGAAGGACCUGAUUGAGCAUGAACGCGUAGGCGAGCCUGAAGGCGGUUUGGCCUUUGCCGAGGUGGAGCUCGACAGUACUCUGAUUGGAGAUUUAGGCCUCAAGUACAUGAUCACAUCCAUGCCCACGUUGCUAGCCUUCAGCAGACAGGAAGCACAAAUGGACACGAAGCUCGUGAAGCCAGAUUUGAUGAAGAACAGAGAAUUUUUGAGGAAUUGGCUGCUACACGAAGCCAAACGUGGUGGUCGAGCAGGUGGCGGGGGUAGCAGUUUGUUGGGAGGUUGGUUCGGCCGGGCAUGAUACACCAGCCCAAAUACAAUCUCACAAAUGAGAUCAAGUUUGGCUCCCAAUACAUGCAUCCGUUGCUGAGGCAA